AUGCCACGAACUGCACAACCUCCUACCGACAGUGUUGUGGAGGUUAUUAUCGUGAAUGAUGACUCACAAACUCCGACAACCCCUUCAAACCGAAAUAAUUUCAACAAGGACAAUGAAAUUACAGAAAAUAUUGAGAAUCGUAUGGAUUCGAGCGUGAUAGAAUUAUCUCUUGAACGAGAGCAAAAAGUUAUUGAUUUAGAAGCUAGUGACGAUCCGAACGAUCACCAAUUAGUGGAUAAAAGUAACGAAAAUGUAUCCAAAGAAAACCAUCAAGAAAACACAAGCCCUAUUCUUGCAACAAGAAGAAUUCCUACGCCAAGCAUAAUACCCGAUGAAACUAUUGAAAUGACAAAUUCUCAAGAACCAUCUCUCCAAUCAAUGAAAUUACAAACGGAGCAGCCAACAUCAACUACUGAUUUAGUUAAUUUAUUACAAAUGACCAACUCUGCAGUUAACUCUAAAGAAACGCCUGGAGAGUUGGAAAAAUUGAAACUCGAGAAGGGAAGCAAGAAAAAACCAAAACCUUCACGCCCUUCCAUUCGUUCAACAAAUAGCUCCGAAGAGAAUUCUAACAUUAAGAUCACCUUCUCAAAUAUUGGAGUUCACGUUGUGGAAAAAAUUCAAAAAUUACUUGAAGAAGAAUAUGUGAAAAACGAUUCAAAAAAGCCAAAACGUAAAACGAAAUCAUUAUGCUCUGGAACAAUUGAAGCAAAUCCGUUGUUUAUUACUGAAAAGAUUAAUUUUGAUGAAAAAUAUUUGAAACACUUAAAUAUUCAAGUAGAAGAGAGUUCCUCAGAGGAAGAAUCAACACUCAACUCUAAUUCUAACCAAACAAACAAAACCUGUUACAAUUGUUUGGGAUUUGGACAUAUUUUAGCAGAUUGUCCCUAUGAGCUCGAUUUUGAAGAAAUUGAUAAAAACAGGGAUACAUUUAGGAAAAAACCUGAACGUCGAAUAUUCGAAGUAUUUGGCCAAUCAUCUAAACGAAAUGAAAAAAAGACGCCUCUAGACAUCAAGAAUUUUGCUGUAAAGUUAUCAGAAAAAGCGAAAAAGAAAACUUCUCCGUCAGUAUUGGAAUCAUACAAAGGCGACACUCCUCAGAAUAAGAUUCAUGAGAAAGAUGUUGGAACUGUGAGUGAGGAAUUCCUAUAUGGAGGAAAUCCAAUUGAAGCCAGCAAUUUUGAAGAGAAGAAACAAAAAUUAUCUAAAGUUUUUACACGCUUAAAAGAACAUAAGGAAUUUGAAAAGAAGAGAAAAUUCGACCAAUUCUCCAAAGAUGAUCAUGACUAUAUUCACAUUCACGACUCACAAGACAAGUAUCCUUCACAGGGCAAAUCAAAAAAGAGCAAAGAACAAUAUCACAAGAAAAGAAAGCAGUCUUAUGAUAAGAGUGAUGAUGAUGGUGAAAAUUUGGAUGUUCGAAAAAGGUAUGAUUUCAGAGAAAGCAGUGGAGGAGGAGGUAGAGGUGGAAACAUCAAUUCUCGCAAUAGAUAUUCUGGUUCAUCAGACAGAGAUCGAUAUUACUAUGAGGACAAUCCUAACGACUAUUAUUAUGGUGAUGAUUAUGAACGCCGUUAUGACGACCAACGAAGAUAUUACGGUAAUGACAACUCUUCACGGAAUAGUCCAUCUAAGAAAUAUAACGACUCAAAGAAUCAAUCAAACAAUCAGAAACAAAAUUCUAAAAAUCAAUCGAACAAAAAGAAUCAAAAAAGAAAAUAA